AAAAAGGCGCGUAGAGGCAGCGCUCGCGCGCAGCGCGUCAGAUGUGCUCCUGAGAAGGAAGAAUCCUGCACACAUCUGGUUUCCUUGAGCAUCUAUGAGAGAAGCCAGUGGAUUUUCCUUGUACUUUAAAAUGUCGGGCAAUGAAAAUCAGCGAAAGCCUUGCCUUGGCUUUAAUGGGGCCAGACCAAAGCAUCAGCAACCUGCUAAUAACUCACCAAGAACAGACUUACAGAGAGAAGCUGGGAGAAAGGAUAGCCCUGCUGGCCUCCCAAAGACUUGGAGGACUAGUGGGACCAGAGGCAGAUCACCAUGGAAACAAGGUCACGGUGAACCAGGAGGCGAGGCGCUUCCACAGCACAACAGAGUUGUCCAACAUAGUUCUGGAAGAACUAAAUACAAUCAUUCUCAGAGUAGGGUGACAAACAUCUUAACUCCACAUGUGGACUCUGCUGGGGCUCAAAGACCACCCGUUAUUCGUAGACCCCAAAGAGGUGUCCGGAACAGGAAGCAGUAUGAUCAUGGUCAUGGAAGGACUCAGCAAUCCCUUUCAAAAUGGGCUACCAGCCAACCCAACCUGUUAAAUACUGAAAAUGACCUUGAUGGGAGUGGACGAAAGAAUACCACACUUCAUAACCAACGUGCUCAAAACACCCACAAGUUAGAUCUCAAAGCACUUAAGCACAUUGGGAAUAUGGAGCCCUCUGAAAUCAUUAUGAAAUUAGCAGCACCAGGUAGCGGUCUGAAGGAGCUCUUAAACCGACCCGUAGGAGAGACCGCUGACUCCCUCACAUCCGUUACAUUUGAUGUCCUGAGCAAAGCCUGCAGCAGCCGAGUGAAGAGGCAGAACCUUCGUCACCUUCUUGUAGAGCUGAAAGAGUCUCAGUUCCUGAAAAGUUCUGUUCCCAUGUUGAUCAUGGAUUUAAGUAGUAACAACAAUCUGGAGAAAAUGGACGAGACCAUAACGAAACUCAACAAAGUACUGGACCUGUACUUGACUUUAGUGACAAUGUUCCCGUUUACUGCUGUCAUUGAUGUGUCCUUUGCGGUUGCUCUUCUAGAAACUCAGUUCACACAACUAAAUAUUCCUGAGGAAACAUACAGCAAGUUGAAUAAUCUUCAAAGAACGAUUGCACAUCUCAAAGAAAAAAAACGUGAAGGGACUCUCAGAUCAGACAACUACAACAUCCUCGUAGGAGAUCAUGAUGCAUUAAAUGUAGAAAACUUCAGGUUCAUGUCAAUAUUUCCAACAUUUGAAGAUGUCCACAUGACCUCGAGACCAUAUCUCAGGCCUAACAUUGUCAAGGAGAAAUUUGAAGACAGCAACACCUACCUGGAAACACAUUUCCGUCUUUUGAGGGAAGACUUUGUAAGGCCACUCAGAGACGGAAUAUCUCAUCUCCUCACAUUUGAUCAAAGUGAUUUACAUAAAACACAGUCACAUGACAUUCGUGUAUAUGCCAACACCCGCAUCACUUCCCUUGUUUGCACACCCAAAGGAAUCUUAUACAAAAUACAAUUCAACAACAAGAGACUGAAAGGUGUGAACUGGGAAAGUUCAAAAAGGCUGCUGUACGGAGCACUGGUGUGUCUGUCCAUGGACAGCUUUGAAACCCUCAUUUUUGCCACUGUUGCCCACAGGGAUCCAAAAGAACUGAGUAAUGGGAUUGUAAAUGUGUUUUUUAAUGAAGAAAACAGACAAAAAUUGGCAAACAUUUCUAAAACCAAAGAGUUCUUAAUGGUUGAGACUGCAGCUUUCUUCGAAGCUUAUCGACAUGUUCUUGAAGGUCUACAGGAACUUUCUGCAGAAGAUCUUCCAAUGCAGAAAUACAUCAUAGGCUGUGAAACUGAUAUCUCUCCCCCCAAAUAUCUCAAAAUGAAUUGCAAUUCAUACAGUUUGCAGUCGCUGAUGAAUGAUCGUCCUCUCAAGAUGAAGUUCUCAGGCUUAGAAAAAAAUCCACUGAGACACUGGAGAUUCCGUGCUUCUCAGGAAGCAGACCUGAGAGAGUCUGUGGAUCAACAAAGCUUGAAAGACAUCCUAAAUUUGGAUGACUGGCCAAGUAAGGAGGAACUCCAGCUGGAUGCUUCACAGAUGAAAGCUGUGCAGUUGGCUUUAACUAAGGAACUGGCUAUAAUACAAGGCCCACCAGGAACAGGAAAGACUCAUGUAGGCCUCAAGAUUGUUAAGGCUCUCUUGGAUAAUGCUCAUGUCUGGGGUUCUGCACUUGGCUCUCCAAUUCUAGUUGUUUGUUACACAAACCAUGCGCUGGACCAGUUCCUGGAAGGUAUUUAUAAAUUCAUGGGGAAGGCCUCGGGGCUCGUUCGAGUUGGGGGCCGGAGCUGCAAUGAUGUUAUCAAAAACCUUUCUCUCAGCAAUCUGAGAAAAGAGUGUAAUUUCACACAAAAACUGCCUGGACACCUAAGGGCUAUGUACUGCAUGCUUAAGGACGACAUGCAGAAAAUCACGGAUGAAAUAGAGAAAGCAGCGGCGUUGCUGGAAAGCUCUAAGAAAGGAAUUCUGAAUGAUGUCAUCUUGGAAGAUUACAUCUUUUCUUUUCAUGGAAGGAGUUUGGAAGAUGGGAUGCCCAACCAAGGUUUGACUCCGGAUGAGGUGAAGACGUCUGUGAUGCUUGAGUGGCUGGGAGUCUCUGCAUUAAACCUCCAGUGUGUGGGUGGUGCAGCUGGUAAGAAUGGUGAUGAUGGUGCCGGUGCUGAGGAAGGUCUGGUGAGGGAGGCUGCCUGCCUCAUGCCAGCUGUAUCGGAGGAGAAGGAGGAAGGUGACGUGGAUGUGGCAGGGGAGGCCGAGCUGGAGGAGGCUGAGAGAAUGAUGGACGUGGACGAUGUCCAGAAGCACAUCGAGCGAGCUCACAACAGGCUGGCUAUGACACAGAAGCAGGCCUUGCUUUAUGUACCAGAGGAGGAAAAUGACAUGGAGGAGAGGAAGAAGGAGGUGAAUGAGGAUGGCUGGCAGAUAACCUCAGAUAUGAAAAAGAAGUUGAGACAAGCUGUGAAGAGAGAGCUUCAGGCAACCGAGUGCAUGCUGGAGGAGGAAGCCCUGAGGGUCACUGACCUCUGGGCCUUGAGCAAGAAGCAGCGCUGGAGCCUCUACAGACUUUGGCUCUUCAAGUAUCAGGCUGACAUUAACACCAUGAUUCUGACACUCGAAAAUAAAUACCAGGAAAUAAUUAAUCGGAUGGAAGAACUGAGGAAUGAAGAAGAUGAAACUCUCCUCAGGAAAGCCAGAGUCAUCGGCAUGACUUCCACAUGUGCUGCUCGCUACCGUAAGGUUCUGCGAGCCAUUCAGCCCCAGAUUGUGGUUGUGGAAGAAGCAGCAGAGGUGCUGGAGGCUCACGUUGUGACAACAUUGACCUCUGGCUGCCAGCAUCUCAUACUGAUUGGUGACCACCAGCAGCUGCGGCCCAGUACAACAGUAUAUGAUCUUGCCAAGAAUUUCAACUUGGACGUUUCCUUGUUUGAGAGACUCAUUGGAAUGAAUGUCCCUUAUGUUCGACUUGACUAUCAGCAUCGCAUGCGUCCAGAGAUUGCUCGCCUACUAUCCCCUCAUAUCUAUGACAAGCUGGAGAACCAUGAUUCAGUCUUAGAGUAUGAAAACAUCAAGGGGGUCACCACAAAUGUUUUCUUUGUGGAGCACGAACACCUUGAAGAAAGCAUCCUCGAAGGCCACAGUCACCAAAACAUGCAUGAAGCCACCUUUGUAGAAUCUCUCUGCUAUUACCUCAUCUGUCAGGGUUACAAGCCUUCUCAGAUAACAGUUCUCACGACAUACACUGGUCAGCUGUUGUGCUUGAAGAAAAUAAUGUCAAACAGUAAAUCCUUAUUGAAGUUUGUAAAGCUGUGUGUGGUUGACCGAUUCCAGGGAGAGGAAAACGACAUCAUAAUACUCUCUUUGGUCAGGAGUAACCGGGAAGGGAAAGUGGGCUUCCUGAAGAUACCCAAUCGUAUUUGUGUGGCUCUGUCACGGGCCAAAAAGGGCUUGUUCUGUAUUGGAAACAUGUCCAUGCUUUCUUCUGUCCCCCUCUGGAAUGGGAUAAUAGAGGAGCUCAGGUGUCAUGGGCAGAUCGGGGAGGCCUUAAGCCUGCGUUGUGAGAACCAUCCCGACACCAUCACGACUGUGUCGAAGGCAGAGCACUUUGCUAAAGUUCCCCAUGGAGGGUGCUCCCUGCCCUGUGAGUACCGGUUGGACUGUGGCCAUGUUUGCGCUAGGCAGUGCCACCCAACCGAUGCUGACCACAAGCUUUAUAAAUGCAUGAAGGCCUGCAAAACAGUCUGCCCAGAUGGGCACCGGUGUCCAAAACCUUGCUCUGCAAAAUGUGGGGAGUGCAAGGUUCUUGUCACCAAGACAAUUCCCAAAUGUGGACACGAGCAACAGGUCCCUUGCUCAGAUCCUGCUGAGAAAUUCCUCUGCAGUGCACCAUGCGAAAAGACCUUACCCUGUGGUCAUUCCUGCGUUCGCAGCUGUGGGGAAACCUGCACACGCCGCUGUCCCCAAAGGGUGGUGGUGGAUUUGGUGUGUGGCCACCAGAAGGUCAUGCUCUGCAGUGACAAACAGGAGGCUGAUAAGAACCCUGCAAAACUUCAUUGUUGGGUGAAAUGUGGUGCUGAACUGGACUGUGGUCACACCUGUUCUGGAACCUGCUUUCAGUGCAAAAACGGAACUGCACACGUUCCAUGUUCUGCCCCAUGUGAAGUCCAGCUGAUUUGUUUAGACUAUUGCAAGGGGAAAUGCGGGAGUAGCUGUGUCCCUUGUGCUGAACCUUGUAAAAACUGGUGUACUCAUCAAAUGUGCCGGAAUCCUUGCUCUGAGCCAUGCCAGCCUUGCACAAAGGCCUGCGAGUGGCGCUGUCAGCAUCACCGCUGCACCCUGCUGUGCUAUGAGCCAUGUGACAGGCAGCCAUGCCAUAUGCCCUGCUUGAAACGGUUGCAAUGCCAACAUCGGUGCAUCGGCAUGUGUGGGGAGCCGUGUCCGGACAAGUGCCGGAUCUGUAAUGCUGAAGAAGUGCAAGAAAUCUUCUUUGGCAAUGAAAUGGACCCAGAAGCCCGCUUUGUACAGAUGGCAGACUGUGGACAUAUAUUUGAGGUGACUGGGUUUGACCAGGUGAUGAUGCUUCCUGAGAAAAAUGGGGUGGUGAAGCAAAAGUGUUGUCCCAAAUGUAAAACUGUGAUUCACAGGAGUGUCCGAUAUGGUGCUUUUGUCAAGAAGCGGCACUUGGAAAUGGAAAUGUUGAAGGGAAAGGCAGCAGUGCUGUACUCACAGCACAUAGAAAGCCGUGUGAAGGAGAGAGAGCAGAAGGGCAUACGGAGCCCAUUCAUUCCUCCUCUGCUCUCCAAGCUGGCAGGUCCCUCCAUCGGUCUAGCAGAAGCUAUGCUCAUUCACAAGAAGAUAGAGCUGCUCUCUCAGCUGGCUGAAAUAAAACACAACACAGCAGCGCUCUCAGGAGCCCUGCAGGGUCUCAUUGGCCGCGAGGCCGACCUGUGCGCUACGAAAAUCACUGAGGCUGAAGGGUACCUGUGGCCCAAGUUCGAGAGAGAAAUCAAAAGAAUAUGGUUUUUGGCUGAAACACGGGCAUUUUCUGAGAAAUACCUGCAAUCUGAAAGUAUCAUUUCAACUUUUUCUCAGGAACACAACCUACUAAAUGAGAUCCUCAGUAAAUUAUCAGAGAGUGGAAAUGUCCUAAAGGAGCAAGACUUUUGGUGUAUGCAAACUAGUGUGGACAGCAUUGCAGAGAAACUGGAUGCAUCGAUUAGGUGGACGAUGUUGGACAGAACUCAGUACAUAGAUAUUGAUUGUGGUUUUCUGAAGCUAAAGCAUUGGUCCAAGUGUAGUAAAGGCCACGUGUACUACACCCAGCCGACUGAGAAUGUUAACGAGAUGGUACAGUGUCUGGAAUGUUCUGCAGAAUGAGCCAUGCAUACCUGGAAACUUAUACAAGGCUCUUUAAAUUUAUUCAUAAUAAAACUUAAAA